AUGCAUUCUUUAGAUAUCGCCACUCCACAAGCUUAUCUUUCUCCAUUGGGUUCUCAAAAUAUAAUCCAAUCUAAAUUCUUACAAAUUCCACGGAAACAAUCCGUCUUCUCGAAGCAUUUAGAAUUCAACACAAACCUCUCCAAAUCCAGCAAACUCGACGAAGCCGUCGUUACCCUCAUCGAGAAUUCAUCCUCACCGUCACCGUCCGAUCUCACCACUCCCGAGGCUUACACAGACGUUCUUCACGCCUGCAUCUCCGCUAGAUCACUCCACCACGGCCAAAAAAUCUCCUCUUUAGUUCUCAGCAGCCCCAGUCUCCGCCACGACCCCAAAUUGCUAAGCAAACUCAUCACUCUCUUCUCCGUUUGCCGCCGAUUGGAUCUCGCCCGAAAAAUCUUCGACGAUGUCACCGAUCCCACCUUCCUCACCGAGGAAGUUUGGGCGGCGAUGGCGAUCGGUUACUCUAGAAACGGAUCACCGAAAGACGCUCUGCUCACGUAUGUCGAUAUGCUCUGUAGUUUCAUCGAGCCAGGGGAUUUCUCGAUCUCCGUCGCGCUUAAAGCGUGCAUCGAUCUAAAAGACCUCCGUGUUGGCAGAGCAAUCCAUUCCCAGAUUCUGAAACGGAGGAAGAAGGUUGAUCAGGUGGUGAACAAUGUGCUGUUGAAGCUCUACAUGGAACGCGGCUCGUUCGAAGACGCACGCAAGGUGUUCGACGGAAUGCCUGACAGAAACGUCGUCACUUGGAACUCUUUGCUCUCGAUACUCAGCAAGAAAGCUAGGGUUCACGAGAUGUUCACUCUGUUCAGAAACAUGCAGCGAGAGAGAAUCGGGUUUAGCUGGGCUACGCUCACGACGAUUUUGCCGGCUUGUUCGCGCGUCGCCGCUCUUCUCACCGGGAAAGAGAUCCAUUCGCAGAUUCUGAAGUCGAAAGAGAAGCCUGAUGUUCCGUUGCUUAACUCGUUGAUGGAUAUGUAUGGGAAAUGCGGCGAGGUUGAGUAUUCUCGGAGAGUCUUUGAUGGGAUGUCGAGUAAGGAUUUGACCUCAUGGAACACGAUGCUAAACUGUUACGCGAUCAACGGAGAUAUCGAAGAAGAGAUCAAUCUUUUUGAGUUGAUGGUUAAGUCAGGCGUGGAGCCAGAUGGGAUUACGUUCGUUGCUUUGUUAUCUGGGUGUAGCGACACAGGGCUCACAGAGUAUGGUUUGAGUUUGUUUCAACGCAUGGAAACUGAGUUUAGAGUCUCACCGGCGUUGGAGCAUUAUGCUUGUUUGGUUGAUAUCUUGGGACGAGCUGGUGAAAUUCAAGAAGCGGUGAAAGUGAUUGAAAGAAUGCGUUUUAAGCCGAGUGCUUCCAUUUGGGGAUCGCUGCUUAACUCUUGUAGGCUUCAUGGGAAUGUUUUGGUGGGAGAGAUUGCAGCGAAGGAGCUGUUUGUUCUUGAACCUCAUAAUCCUGGGAACUAUGUUAUGGUUUCGAAUAUCUACGCUGAUGCAAAGAUGUGGGAUGAUGUGGAUAAGAUCAGAGAGAUGAUGAGACAGAGAGGGAUCAAGAAGGAAGCUGGUUGUAGUUGGGUGCAGGUUAGAGAUAAGAUUCAGAUCUUUGUUGCUGGUGGUGGAUUCGAGUUUCGUAAUUCGGAGGAGUAUAAGAGAGUGUGGACGGAGCUGCAAGAAGCGAUUGUGGAAUCCGGUUAUGCUCCUGAUACGAGCGUGGUGCUUCACGAUGUUGAUGAAGAGACCAAGGCGAAUUGGGUUUGUGGACACAGCGAGAGACUUGCGACGACUUAUUCUCUGAUUCAUACAGGUGAAGGGGUUCCGGUUAGGGUUACCAAGAAUCUGAGAGUGUGUGGAGAUUGUCAUUCAUGGAUGAAGAUUGUAUCGCAAGUAACUGGGAGAGUUAUAGUACUCAGAGACACAAAACGAUUCCACCGUUUCGUUGACGGCAUCUGCUCUUGUAAAGACUACUGGUGA